AUGUUUCCACGUUCCUUCCAGAAGGCGAUUUCCGGGCCGCCAGCGCAGCAGCGGCGAACCAGAAUCAGUGUUUUGCUGGUCGGCUCUAAACAUGAGGUUCCGAGUUGUUGUAUGAACGUCCAUACAGGGCGCAGGGGCCCGAUACCCAAGCUGCUCUGUGUGAAGUGGUUCAUGUACGGAGUAUUGGGUAAAGAUGUGCAGAGGGUACUCCGUGCCGCUUCCGUCUCGCGUUCCGCUCCCACCCCGCUCCCACCUAGUUUGAUGGUUCCAAGCGACCGAGGUCUCGCCACGAGCUCGAUAGUCAUCUGGCAAGUCCCUGUAUCUUUGGUGGCACGCAAGAGCCCAGAGCAAAGCUCCCGCGUGCCGGCGCACAUACACCCAUGUGGGACCCAGGGUGGCAGCGGCUUGGCCGAAAAGGCCAGAGCCCAACAUUGGCCAAUCUCGGCGAUCGGCAGCGCGUUAUCGAAUGUAGAGUAG